AUGUUGCCAGAUGUCGUGUUGCCCCCCCAUUCUUCCCCCCGCCCAGAUCCGCCUUCUCCGCGUGAGUCAUCAUCCUCUGGCAUCCAGCUGCCCUCCUGGGUGGACCGAGACGACCUCAACACCGUGGCAAUAGCUGUGGUGGUGUCUUAUGCGAUACGCUGGUUUGUUGCGGAGCCGCGAUUCAUCCCCUCCCUCAGUAUGUAUCCCACCUUUGAGGUGGGCGACCGAUUUGUGGCUGAGAAGCUGACAUACCGCUUCGCCCAUCCCCCGACCGCCGGAGACAUUGUGAUCUUCCGGCCACCCAAGGGCAUCGGCGGCAAUGGUGGCUGGCUCGACGACAAUGUGUUCGUCAAGAGGGUUGUCGCUGUCGCUGGUGACACUGUGGAGGUCAAGAAGGGCGCGCUCUUUGUCAAUGGGGAGGAGCGGGUGGAGGAGUAUCUGGCAGAGAGGCCGGCCUAUGAGAUGGAGUCCCUGACCGUGCCUCCACGCCAUGUCUUUGUCAUGGGCGACAACCGCAACAACAGCUACGACUCCCACUUGUGGGGUCCCCUUCCCCUCGAGAAUGUGGUCGGACGGGCAGUAUGGAAAUACUGGCCCCUUCAGGAAUUCGGACCCGUGGACAGAACUUUUACCAGGAGCGGGACAGGUCUUGCCGGUGAACUGGCAGCACCCCCGCUGAAGGGGUAA